GUUUGUGUUUUUCUUUUCUUUUUAUUUGUGCGCAUCGCGAAAAAUUACUUGUUCCAUUCGAUUCGAUUACUUUGGUUCUCGAUUCUCUUUGCGAGAGUGGUACACUUUUGUUGCUCAUCUCUUUCCCGUCCGCUCACGCGUCCCAUCUCAAUCUCCUCUUUUUUUUUUUUUGUGCCUAGUUUUUCCACAUCGCCAACUUCUUGACGAUAUGCUGGACAGCCGAUUGGCAGGUUUCCUGGUGGCCGUGUGGGUGGCAUCCGCUUUCGCCGCUACACCAGACGUUCGACCAUCAGAUUCGGCUGCUGCUGGGAUCGAACCGAAGGAGACUUCAUUGAUAGUCGCUUGGAAUGGAAACGCCUUUGACUUUGUCUACCAAUCGCAACAAGGCGCUCAGCUGGUGGGCCAACUGGGAUCCGGCUCAAUUCCUCUGGAUUUGCCUCCGCCGGAGCCUUGCGACGAGGCCGGUUUAUGCUGGACAUUCGGGACGAUGGCCUCAUUGUCAGUGACUCCCACCGCCGAUGGACAGUGUCAUUUCGUCGAGUGGAAGAGCCAAUUUGACUCCUUGGCGGACUGUUUCGACAUGGGCGACGGCCAUUGGUACGGCGGCGGCGAGGUGUUUGAUCAGAGUUGGCCCAUCGACGGCGACACGUCGCUGAUGGGCGACGGCGGCCGGGCCGACGUCCCUUACGUGACGGGCGAUUUCUUCCACAACGACUUUGCCGGCGUCCUCGAACCUUACUGGAUCAACACGGACGGAUUCGGUUUUUUCGCCCUGCACGAAAACCCGCUGUUCGUCAGCUGGAACAGCUCGGGUGACCACCGGCUCUGCCUCAAGUCCCGCUACGAGUUGCCCUACCCGGCGGCGGCGGCUGCCGGCCAGCAGGAGCUCGGCUUGCGCUACACCGUCUGCUCGACGGCCGACGUCAAGGCCAUGCACCUUUACGCCCUGUCGCAGAAUUUCUGGCCCAAACCGCGUGACAUUCCCGACCAGCGCGUCUUCGAGCAUCCCAUCUGGUCGACGUGGGCGAGAUACAAGACACUGGUCAAUCAGGCCCGCGUCCUCUCCUUUGCCGAGCAAAUCCUCCAGUACGGGUUCAACAACAGCCAACUGGAGAUCGAUGACCGAUGGGAGUCGUGCUACGGCGAGCACCGGUUCGACGCGGAGAAGUUUGCCGACCCUUCCGCAAUGGUUAAUCAACUGCACAGCCAAGGUUUUAGAGUCACUUUGUGGAUCCAUCCGUUUAUCAACGCCGAGUGUCCCUCGUAUGCGGAGGCAAGUCCGCACGUCGUCAGCGACGCCAAUGGAGUGCCACUGAUAACCAGCUGGUGGCAAGGAAAUGCAGCCGGCUAUUUCGAUUUCACUCGAGCAAGUUCCGGCGAUUGGUGGGCGGAGCGCAUCAUGAAAAUCAAGACAGACUACGGUUUUGAUGGAUUCAAGGUUGAUGCCGGAGAAACGAAUUGGCUACCAGUUGGAUUCGACUUUGGUCAGCGAUUAGCGGCCAACGCCACACCCAACGGUUACUCAACUGCUUACUGUAGAACAAUGGAGCGCUUCGGGGGCAUAACCGAGAUCCGAACUGGUUGGGCUGCCCAGGAUAUCCCCAUAUUUACCCGUAUGCUGGACAAGGGCACCGUUUGGGGCAAAGCCAACGGCCUGGCGACGCUGAUUCCGACGCUCUUCCUGUUCGGCCUGGAAGGCUACGCAUUUGUCCUUCCGGAUAUGAUCGGCGGCAACGGUUAUAAUACGAUUCUGCCCGACAAAGAGCUCUUCGUCCGCUGGAUGCAGGCCAAUGUUUUGAUGCCGACGAUGCAAUUCAGUUACACCCCGUGGGACUACGACCUAGAGGUGGUCGACAUCGCACUCAAAAUGACGAGCUUGCAUUACGAGUAUUCGCCGCUAAUCAUCGAGCUGGCCCGCCAAGCCCUGACCACCGGCCAGCCCAUCAAUCGGCCACUCUGGUGGAUCGAUCCCACCGACUCGGUUGCCCAAACCAUCGACUCAGAGUAUCUGCUGGGCGACGAUGUGCUAGUGGCGCCAGUCGUCCAACAGGGAGCCGUGACAAAGGACAUUUACCUACCCAAAGGUCUGUGGCGCGACGAAGUUGAUCCGGCUCAUCCAGUGUACACGGGACCCAUUUGGCUGGAAGCCUACCCGGCCCCGCUGCAAACGCUGCCGUACUUUACGCGUGCCGGCCCUCUCCAAUGAUUAGACACGCCGUCGCCGUCUUAACUGUCGUUUGGCGUGACGAGAAACGUCGGCUGGCGUCGGUUGGCGUCUGCCGGCGUCGUGCGUUUUAUUUUCUCUAUUUCACCUUAGACUAUAUAUAUGCAAUGUAAUACACCUGGUUCAAUAGUC